AUGAAGUUCCUCCACCACCUGGCGUUUGCCAUGGCGGCGAUGGCCUCGCCGCUUGAGAAACGCGACCCCUCCGUGACCAUCGCCAACGGCACCAUCGUUGGCGGGACCAAGGGCAACGUCGAGUUCUUCAAGGGCAUCCCCUUUGCGCAGCCACCGGUUGGCAAACUGCGAUUCAAGCACCCGGUGCCAUACGACUCAAACUUCGGGACCUUGAAGGGCACCGAGACUGCGCCCCUCUGUAUACAAGGCGACGGCACUGGAUCCGAAGACUGUCUGAAGCUCCUUGUGCUGCGACCCGCGAGUCGCCCGGCUAAGAAGCUGCCAGUGGUCGUGUUCAUCCACGGUGGCGCGUUCUCGGGCGGUGGCGCCGAAGAGGGAAACGACGGCACUCCGCUUGUUGAGAAGAGCGUCUCGCUGGGACAGCCGUUCAUCUUUGUCUCGAUCCAGUACCGUCUGGGUCUCUUUGGAUUCUUACCAGGAAAGGAGGCGAUUGGGAAUGCGAACCUAGGACUUAGGGAUCAGCGAUUGGCAAUUGAAUGGGUCCACGACAACAUUGCUGCGUUUGGCGGAGACCCUGACCAGGUUGUCCUCUACGGCUUCAGCGCAGGAUCCAUGUCCACCCUUGACCACACCAUCAUUAACGGUGGCAACGCAGAGGGCCUCUUCCGCGGCAUCGUGCUGGGCUCGGGAUCCGUCCUCCCUGCGCUUGAUGUGGACCAUCCCAAGGCACAGGACGUGUAUGACACGCUGGCUUCGAAAGUGGGAUGCAGCUCCAGCGCCAACUCAUUGGAGUGUCUCCGGUCAGCGGACGCCAAAACGCUGCAAAAGGCCGGGUACAGCCUGAGCACCUCGUACAAGCAUCUCGGAAUCAACCUGGCCUGGCUCCCCCGCCCCGAUCCAUCCGACAACUUCUUCCCCGUCAGCCCCGACGCCGCGAUCCGCGCAGGCAAAUUCGCCAAGGUGCCCGUCCUGAGCGGCGACACGGAAGACGAGGGCACCUUGUUCGCACUCACCCAGGCCAACAUAACCAACAACGCCCAGCUCGCCAGCUACAUCUCGACCUUCUUCCCAGACUACCCCCAGGACGCCAAGACCCUCGUCUCCAAGUACCCCGACGACCUCGGCGUCAGCGGCUCCCCCUACGGUACGGGCCUCGAGGGCAACGUCUUCGGCCAGUUCAAGCGCAUGGCAUCCAUCUUUGGCGACCUGGCAUUCAUCUUCCAGCGCCGCUUCCACCUGCAGACCGUCUGCAACCAGGUCCCCUGCUACUCGUACAUCAACUCUGCCCUGCACGGCUCCACCCCGCUGGGCUCCUUCCACGGCUCGGACGGGAUGGUGCUUCUUUCGGGUCUCUCGACCGUUCCGGCUGUGACGCAGCAGCGCACUGUGCUCGCGUUCGUCAGUACCCUCGACCCCAACGGCGCCGGGGUUUCCAGCCCCUUGAUCCGCUGGCCCAAGUAUACCCCGAACGAUGCGCAGAUUGUUCUGCAAGAGGGAUUCUGGAAUGAGCUGGGCAAGGAUGAUUUCCGCGCGACGCAGUAUAGCUACUGGAGCCAGAACAUUGCCAAGUUUAGGCUUUAGAGCGCCCCUCUGGUCGGUGGAUAGGAUUUGGUGGUGGUGGCCCUGCCAUCAUGAGGUCCUGGACGGUGAGAGGGCCCUUGUAUAGAUAGCCUGAAGGGCGCCACAGGCCAAUGUUCCCGCCAUCGAAGACGCUGAGAGAGAGCACAUGUGCUCAACUAUCCCUAUACUCCUUUCCGAUUUGCUUCCAUUCCAUUCCUUCAUUGGCAUUUUUCUUACUUGACAUGCAUACUCCAUGUAAUACGCGCAACGGCGCCGUCAGUCCUUACAAUUCAUCUAAAAUGC